AUGACUACUAAGAGUUCUCAACAUUUUCAUGACAUAUCUGAGGUAAAGAAAGUAGUCACAGGUGAGGACAAGGAUGGUAAAGACUCCCUGGAGACAGAUGAAGCCAAGAAGAUUGUGAAGGCUCUCACUGGAAACGAGAAUCAGACCAUUGAAGAGAGCAGUCGAGACAUUGUGAAGAAGGCAGCCAUCGCAAUGGGAUCUCUCAGUGACACUGAGUUCAAUGUGACCUUCAACCCGGACGUAUACCAGUCCCAUGUGAACACGCUGACCCCGAGAGUGAGCUGAGUCGAGGGAAUGGGGAUAGGACCAA